CUUUGAAGCGCUGCACCUUUUCCUGGCUUCGUCCCAUCGUCUAUAAGUUUUGGACCUCUCCAGCUCCUCUCUCUCUGUAUCCCUAGCUAUUUGCCGUCGAGUGCUCAAUAGGCUGUAGUCUUCAGAGAGAGAUGGGUUGCUUCUUUUCUCGCAGCUCAUCACAGCAGUUCGAUGGCGUGCGGGUGAUCCACAUCAACGGCUACGUGGAGGACUUCGCGACGCCGGUGACGGCGGGCCAGGUCACCGGGAAGCCCCCCAAGCACGUGCUGUGCACCCCAGCCCACCUCCUCUCCCUCGGCUCCCAACCACUACUCCGGCCCGACGACCCUCUCGAACCGGGCCGGCUCUACUUCCUUCUUCCCCACUCCGUCUUUCGGUCCGACUCAGGGCCGGUGGAGCUCGCCUCCCUCAUGAACCGCCUUACCGCCAGCGCCCGGCGGGGAGGACAGGCCCCUGCCGGGCGCCCACAGCCGGUCAGGAAGCUUGGGCCAGGGAAUAAUGGGCCGUGGCGGCCGAGGACCCCGACGUGGAAGCCGAAGCUGGACGCCAUCGAGGAGCGGCCUGUCGGGCGGUCCAAGGGCAGGGACUCCUACAGAAGCCCCGAUCGGAAGAAACGUCCGGAAACGUGAGAACGUUACAAGCAAAAGAACAUCCGUUUUCUCGCAAUGGGUUUUGCUUGGCACGUGUAUAGUGCUCCACAGGUGUGUGGUUUUUGGGUGUUCCGGCAAGGUUUUUUUUUUUUGUUUUGUCCCCCGGGGCCGCUGCUUUGGCGAAACAUAAUCUGGCCGGCUUUUGUGCAUAGUUUGUAUAAAAACAGAGGGGGAAAAAAAUCAGUCUUGCCUCCGGUUCCAUCUGUUCCGUCUUGAAUAUUUGGAAAGGGUGAAUGAGCGUAUUUGUUUGGAU